AUGCGAACCACGCUUAGUCGACCCAUCCCACAUACAAAUGACUGUGGAAGGAUGUAUCCCGCCAGAAAUAAUCGGGUGAUGGGGAACGGGGGGAUUUAUUACACAAUCAACCGGCAAGGUAGUCCACUCUUGGUACUGCUGAUGGAACUGCCGCAUGAGAGCCAGGAUCCCAAAUUGCUUUCCCUCAAAGACUACCCAAUUACGGGAUCGCCAGAUUCUCCAAAGGAUGGCAACAACCGACACGAACAAUUGCGAGUGAUGAAUAAGCAACAUUAA